AUCUAUUCAUGUGCUCCAUGGGAGAGACUUAUUUGUUCAGAAAUUUCUUUUUGGCUGCAUUCUUUGCACCAGGACAAAGGGACCGGUCCACUCGCAGGGUCUUAGAAAGUGUUUACCUUUGCAUAAGAGGAUAUCCUGGGCAACCAGAGCCACGGCAAUGAUUGCAGCCUUCAGGAUAUAUAGGAUCAUUUCCUGAAAGUAAGUGCUGCUAACAAGUGUAAAAUAGUCCAUGUCACUUGCUGUGGAGACGAAGAGAACUAAAGAACUGGGAGUACGACUGAGCUAAAGUAUAAGGAGUCGCUGCAGCUUCUUCUUAGGCUAUUUUGCCUUAACUUGCAAUGGCUGAGGAAAACAUACACAACCUUACAGACCUUCUGAAUUUUCUCAACAGUUCAUUUACUCUAUGUGCAGUUGACCUGGAUGAAGGUGUAAAGAAGGCCUUCCUCUUCAUUCUCUACCUAGUUACUUUUGUUCUUGGACUGGCUGGAAAUCUGCUGGUGGUAUGGGUCAACUGGCAAUCAAGAAGAAGAAGAAGCUCCAUUAAUCUUUAUAUCUUCAGCAUGGCAGUGGCUGACCUUGGGGUGGUCCUUUCCUUACCAUUUUGGAUGUUGCAGGCAAUGUUGGAUUACACUUGGCUGUGGGGUGGAUUCAUGUGCAAAUUUAUACAUUACUUCUAUUUUGCGAACAUGUUCAGUAGUAUUUACUUCCUUACUGCUCUGAGUGUGGACCGUUACUUGAGUUUAACCUCUUCUUCUGUUUUCUGGCAACAAAACCAACAAAAACUCCGCAAGGGAAUUUGCAUUGCCAUCUGUGUGAUAUCGGCCAUAUUUCCUAUCCCAGAAGUCAUCCAUAUGCAACUGGUGGAUAUCAUAGACCCCGAGUGUAUAUUCAUGGCACCAUUUGAGACUUACGAUGAAUGGGCUUUGGCUGUUACCCUAAUGACAACUAUUCUUGGAUUCAUAAUUCCUUUCUUCAUAAUCCUUGUCUUCAACGUAAUGACAGCCUGUCACCUUAGGAAAUCUAGAAGACCAGAAAGCAGUAAACACUGUCGUCUUAUCUAUGCCUAUAUAUUGACGUUCCUACUCAGCUGGCUUCCCUACCAUUCUACUCAGAUAGCACUAAUUUUGCAUGGAAGCUACAUUAAUUUGCACUGCCAUGCAAUUGCUGUCCUUUAUUUCCUCUAUGAUAUAAUUGAUUGUAUAUCCUUGUUUCACUGUAUGGCUAAUCCAAUUCUUUACAAUAUUUUCAGUAAGGAUUUCAGAGGCAGAUUUAUUAAUGCAGUAGUUAAGUACAUUCCUAAAGAUAAUAAAGACGGUAAUGCCAAUCCGGCCGAACAAUCUACAUCCACCACAGAUCACUCUGUUGUAAUAACCGCAGAACCUGCCGUCUUGACAAAUGUAGUCCGUGUCUCAGAAGAUAAAGUCAUGUAAUGUUAAGCUUUACAUAAGUAUUAUUGUUAGAACUGUAUAACAGUUGGGUCUUCUCUUGUAUACUAUAUGCACACUUCUUAGAAGGCCUUUGUCAGAUCUGUUCCUUGGCACAAGUGCUAUGGAUUAUAAAGAUACAAUGAUCUAUCAGGCUGACACUUGGGCUAACUAGUCUUAUUACAAUGCAAACAUCUACAAGUCAGAUUUUUCUAUUCAUGAAAAUUAAUAAAGUGGUAAAAUUCUAAUAUUUUGAGAAGGAAUCUCUCCAUAGAUCUUCAGUCGAUAGAUCAGCAUAUAGUUGCGUGUUCUUCUAUAGACAUCACCUGUUAUCGCUAGUGAAGCUGCCGCCCUACAUACAUUUCCCGCCGCAGAGACUUUUGCUGAUGCAGUUUAUUAUUACCUGCCACCUAUUAACAUUCAUUUAGGCUUAUUGUAAGUCACUUUCUGCUUUGGCUUAUAUAAGGGGGUCCCAAUUGGGCAUUCCAUCUUCUUUAUGGUGCCCAUAUGAUUUAACAGGGCAUAAAAAAAAAGGAUUGCAGCUAUGAUAACCACUUAAAAAUGAACCUAAACCAAACUGAGAAAAAACAAGAAAUCCAUAAAUUAACUUGUGUUAGUCUAAGGCUGGGUCCACACAAUGUUAUUUGUUUUUGGCCUAAGUAUGCACAGUCAUAAUGUCAAAAAAGGAAUAACAAUGGGCAAUGUGCCACAUUCACUUUAAUAGCCCAAAUGAAGUGAGCUAGUGACUAUGUUCAGGACACUUUAUGUAUAUUUGGUAAAUCCAGCUAAAUAAGUAGAUACCUGUUGAAAGUGGGAUGCGGACGUAUACAUAGGACAGAGGCAAAUAACAUUGUACACGCAGCUUAAACUUUAUCUUCACCGUCUGACUAUGUGAAAGGCAUAAAUAGUAUUCAAUGUAAAUAUCAUCUUUCUUGUAUUUAGACAUUUAUUUAUCAGCUAAGAAAACAACUAAGAACAUCACAGAGAAACAAGAAAUCAAUUGUAAAUACUGAACAUUUUGUAUCAAAUAACUGUAUCAUAUAUGUAAAACAGUAUUAUCAUUAAAAAGAUG